GCGUCCUGGCGAGCGUGGGGCUUCGGUGAGCGUCCUCUGGCGUUCGACAUCUUUGCGCCUGUGCGACGUGGCUUGCAGGUCUGGGCCACGCGCGCGCGAGUGCGCGCGACGAGGAUCUCGCGGGUGUGUCUUCAAGCUGAGGGGCCACCCACACCACCCAUCUUGCCAUUGUUACAAUGACACAGUGUAUCUGCAGGACACCUCGCCAGUGUUUCAAAGACCCAAAUCAGAAGAUGGGCCCGGAGGCGUGUUACGGGGAAAAAAAAGCAAGCGUUAGCACUAGGACGAGUCUCUCUGCUCCCUGGAUGACGCGUGACGACAGCGGCCGCUAUGGCGAAGUGGUUCUUCCUGGCACCAACAGCCCUGCCGUCCCUGUCCCUCCGUGAGAGCGGAAGCAACACCCUCAUUUGUACUCAACGGAAUGUGUGGCCUGCGUCGCACUGUGAAGGCCAAUGCUGUGCGCUCCGGCUGAGCCAGCUCCUGUGGCAGCGCCCCUCAGGUGGCCGUGACCAUGGCGGACAAAGCGCAGGCGCCCACCCAGGCGGGGCCGGGCGACCGCUCCUACACGUACACCGAGCUCCUGGCCAUCUCGCGGCGCUUCAGGCAGAACGCCAACGAGCUCAUGGUCUCCUGGAUCCUGCGGGUGUAUGACCAGGGCGGGGCGGCCCUGGCCCUGAAUUCGCGGGAGCUGGCGCUGCUGGGCGACCUGACCGGCGACGCCGUCUUCAACUACCACUGCAGGGGCCUGCGGGGCGGCUGCCAGGCGCUGCUCACCUGGCUGCUGCUGGCCUGGCGCCAGCGCUGGGAGUCCUUCGUGCACUGUGAGGCCACCGAGCUGCCCUUCCGGCCCUGGACCACCAUGGAGGAGGGCAUCCAGCUGGUGCGGGAGCUGGGCAUCCUCAAGUGGAUCUACGGCGAGUCACACUCGCCCCCCACCCCGGGCCAGGAGCCCCGGCGCCCACCGGAGGACAUGCCCUUCACACAGGGCCUGCAGCGGCGCCUGCUGACGGCCGCGCCCUCCGAGCUGUGGUUGUCGCUGGUCAGCCUGCUGGUCAAGGACAUGACGGUGCUGCAGGCCGUGAUGGAGAUCCAGACCAUCGCCAGCAUCGGCCUGCUCUGGCGCCACAACCAGCCUGGGCGCGUCAAGCUCACGCUGGGGCCCAACCCCACGCGCAAGGACCUGCUGGACUGGCUCCUGCGCCACGGCGUGCCCCGGGAGCGGGUGGACCGGCAGCCCACCAAGGUCCUCCUGGACUUGUACAUCAGGGAGGCCAAGCGCGGCCGCAGCCAGCCGGCCCACGCGCCGGCCGAGCAGCCCCCGCCACCCCCCUACUCCGACCAGGCCUGCGGACAGAAGCCACCGGUGCACCGCGACUAGGGGCCCGGAGGGAGCCCGGCUUCCAGGGCAGCCGCCAGCAGGGAGCUGGACCUUGGAGAUGCAAAGCCUUAGUCAGCGUCCCGAGGGUCCCCAGCAGGACUGAGGGACCGCCCGCCUGUUUUUGAGCCUCUGCUGGGCAUGCCACCCACCCCCACAGCAUGUUUGAGGAGCUCAGAAGACUGAGGUGUCCUCGGCCUGAGCUAGUGGCAGGGAGCAAGCUGGCUGGGGCACGGUGGCUCUUAGCGAUCCCAGGGCAUGGCCUUGUACCUCGUUCAGUCUUACAUUCCAGCCCGGGGUGCAUGGUGGGUGGCCUCCCACCCUCUGCCCCAUGGGCCGCACAGCACCACAGGCCAAGGGGGGAACCCCGUGGCCCGCCACACGAAGGCGUCUGGCAUUUGUGCCCUUUUUCUUGAUGUUGUUUUUAAACGUUAUUUUUACUUAACACUAAACACGAACAGCACUUUGGUUUUA